AUGAUGAUCGCCGAUUCUUUAUCGAAGCCCAUUCUCAUUUCUGCCGAAAAACUCGUUAUUAUACCCCGCCACCUACAUAAAAAAUUUCAUCCUUGUCGUAACUCUGGGUAA